AUGAACUGGACACCCAAACGUUCCCUAUCCGAAACUGAUAAAUUACUUUGUGCGCCUGGUCAGCUCCAUGAACUUGAAACGCGCUUCGUAGAUGGAAGGCUUCAACGUGUAUAUAAGAAUCUAUGGCCAACCGUCCGGAGCUUUUGGUCUUGGGCCAGUGGCGAAUAUUCUGACAAGCCGUACAUUGUCUUUGAAGGGCAGAGCCUCACAUAUGGGGAAGUGAAUGAACGAGCACGGCGAACUGCGAAUCUUUUCCACAACGUUUAUCACAUUAGAAAAGGAGACAAGAUUGGCAUUUGCUCUCGUAACUGUGUCGAAUGGCUGGUUGGAUUUUGGGCGUCUCAAAUGUUGGGAGCUGUAUUUGUCGGUAUAAAUGCAUGGCUUCCACUGGACCCCCUGAAAUUUUGCAUUUCGCAUACCGACUGCAAACUUGUUAUUCUUGACGCGGAACGGGCGGAAAAGCUAGAACCCAUCGUUGACGAGUUAUGUGCCGAGCAAAAGGUUAUUGGCAUGCUGGUGGUCAACGCCCAAGAAGGAAAAGGACAAUGGAGAAGGAUGGAAAUUUUUGACAAAGCCCUUCAAAACUCUGCGGCUGGAUCUCCACCUUUGGAGGAGGAAAGUGUAUUGGCCGAAGAUGAAGCCUUGAUCAUGUUCACUUCUGGUACUACUGGAUUGCCCAAGGGAGUAUUGAGUACGCAACGGCAAUUUUUGACCAAUGUGCUUAAUACUCAAGUUGGACCUCGUCGAGCCAUUCUUCGACGAGGAGAAGACCUGACACCACCUCCUGCGGGGCCUCAGAAAGGAGCACUUAUAGCUGUGCCACUGUUCCAUGUCACUGGUCUCACAAGCUACUCCAUGCUGGCAACUAUGGCUGGAAUGAAGAUAGUCAUGAUGCGAAAGUGGAUACCGGCUGAAGGUCUACUGAUUCGGAGCGAAAAUGUCACGCUUGCUGGAGGUGUCCCUGCUAUGGUCUCCGACCUUCUUGAUAGCUCGCUAGUGGGACAUCCUUUAGAGGGCCUUUUCUUCGGCGGUUCUCCGGCUUCUGAACUCCUCGCAUCGCAAGCUCAGGUAGCUUUCCCUACUGCCCGACUGUCGCAGGCAUAUGGCCUUACCGAGACAAAUUCAGUGGCUGUCGGUAUCGCUGGUGAAGAUUAUAUGAUGCGACCUGGGAGCACGGGCCUAGCAUGUCCGGUGAACGAUAUGGUAAUUGUAGCUGACGAUGGCAGGGUCGCUUCUCACGGUGAGAUUGGGGAAAUUUAUCUACGGGGACCUAACGUCAUGAAAGGAUACUACCGAGAUCCAGAUGCAACAAGCCAGGUUAUGACUACUGAUGGGUGGUUGAAAACAGGUGACGUUGGGACUAUGGACGAAGAAGGCUUUCUUUUCGUCAAAGACAGGAUCAAGGACAUCAUAAUCCGGGGAGGCGAAAAUAUCCCAAGUCUAUUAGUCGAAAAUGCGCUGUAUGAGGAUGCAAGGGUCCGGGAGGCUGCAGCAGUCGGGGUUCCCGACCGACGUCUAGGGGAGCUUGUUGCUGCCGUUGUAUCAUUGAAGGCACAAUAUGGUGGGAAGGUAACGGAAUCUUCGUUGAUUGAGAGUGUUCGCAAAAGCCUUCCUCCGUUUGCCGUGCCCGUUAUGAUAUUGAUCCAAGAAAAACCUUUCGAACUAACACCUUCGGGGAAAAUAAUAAAGAGCCAACUUCGAAAACUUGCUCGGGAGCAUUGGGAAUUACGACAAAAAAACAUCCCAAAAUCGGCGCGCGCGAAUUUAUAG